GGAGCAACUCCAGAGCUGUCUGACAGUUGAAAGGUGCCUACUACACCGCAAGACUACUGUACACUUAAAGAUUUAAGGCAUUUAGUCAGAAUGACUCUGCUUCUCAUUGCUAUUCUGCUGUUCUCAGGUCUGUGCCGUCUCUCCUCCUCUGUGCCACGUCGGUUCCAUGUGGUGAAGGAGCAGAAGAGCUGGACAGAAGCUCAGCAGUACUGCAGAGAGGAGUUCACUGACCUCGUCACCAUAGACGACAUGACAGAGAUGGAGAAGGUGAAGAGCAUGAUCCAUGAAGCAGGUGUUGAGAGGGCGUGGAUUGGGCUGAAGCAAGGAAGCAGUCCUAAGUGGCAGUGGUCUCUGGCCGACAGGGAUUUCUACAGAGAGAAUGAUACAGAGUUCAGGAACUGGGGUGAAAACCAACCAGAUGAAAGUGGACACAUAUGUGCAAAUAAUUACAAAGAAUUGUGGUAUGAUGCCCCGUGCAGUAAGAACAGACCCUUCAUCUGCUAUGAUGGGGGAGACUCUACACAGCCCUAUGUGCUGGUUACUGAGGAGAAGAACUGGGCAGACGCUCAGAGAUACUGCAGAGAGAAACACACAGACCUGGCCAGUGUGAGGAAUCAAGCAGAGAAUGACCAGAUAGAGGAAGUUAGAGGACGUGUUGAUGGUGCCUGGAUCGGCCUGUUCAAAGAUACCUGGGAGUGGUCAGAUGGCAGCAACUCCUCAUUCCGCCACUGGAACAAUGGUAAAGGUGAUGUGGAUAAGUGCACUGAAAUUAAGUCCAGUGGUCAGUGGAAUGAUGCACCGUGUAGCCGAUCUCAGAACUUCAUCUGCUAUGAAGACAAGCUGGUUCUGGUCCGUGAGAAUAAGACCUGGAGAGAGGCGCUGCAGUACUGCCGAGAGCACCAUGUGGACCUGGUGUCUGUGACGUCCGAGCGGGUCCAGCGCUGGGUGAGGGCGCGGGCUAAAGGAGCCUCCACUGCUCACGUGUGGCUGGGCCUGCUCCACUCCUACGGCGUGGGCUGGUACUGGGUCUGUGGACAGACCGUCUGCUACAGCAACUGGACCCAAGGGCACGACCAAGUGGACUCCUUCCAACAAAGAGUCGGGGCAGUGGAGUCUGGAGGGGGGCUGUGGGUCAGCAACCUGACUAAGACAGACAAACUCCACUUCAUCUGCACCACUGAGGGUCUGGGCAGUCUCUCCUCCUCUGUGCCACGUCAGUUCCAUGUGGUGAAGGAGCAGAAGAGCUGGACAGAAGCUCAGCAGUACUGCAGAGAGGAGUUCACUGACCUCGCCACCAUAGACAACAUGACAGAGAUGGAGAAGGUGAAUCACACAAUCCAUGAAGCAAGUGUUGAGAAGGCAUGGAUUGGACUAAAGCAUGGAAGCAGUCCUUGCAAGUGGCAGUGGUUUCUGGCUGACAGGGGUUUCUACAGAGAGAAUGAAGCAGAGCUCAGGAACUGGGGUAAUCAACAACCAGAUGGAAAUGGUCAAGAGUGUGUGUUCAAGGGAGAAAAUGGAAAAUGGCAUGAUGACAGGUGUAGCCGCAUCGAUUGCUUCAUCUGCUAUGAUGACAAGCUGGUUCUGGUCCGUGACAAUAAGACCUGGUCAGAGGCGCUGCAGUACUGCCGAGAGCACCAUGUGGACCUGGUGUCUGUGACGUCCGAGCGGGUCCAGCGCUGGGUGAGGGCGCGGGCUAAAGGAGCCUCCACUGCUCACGUGUGGCUGGGCCUGCGUCACGCCUGCGGCCUGGGCUGGUUCUGGGUCUGUGGAGAGACCGUCUGCUACAACCACUGGGCCCCAGGACAAGAGCAAGUGGAGUCCUGCAAACACAGAGUGGGGGCAGUGGAGUCUAGAGGGGGGCAGUGGGUCAGCAGCCUGAGAGAGACCGACAAACUCAACUUUAUCUGCACCACUGUGGAGCAGUGUGACUGAAUCCUCUUCAGUCCAGAGUAGCCUUGGAGAAACUCCUCAUUUGCAGCACUCAUUUAAUCUUAAGUAACUUUACAACUAUAUACAAUUUCAUAUGUUACUACCAUUAUAUUUCCUCUUCCAGUGUACUAAUAAGUCAAGAAAUUGAUGUAGUUCAAUACUGCAAUAUUAAUAUGUUGUGUUUGUUAGCAAUGAUGUCACAUUUUACAGCACAAAAGUACAGUAGAGUUCUGUGCCGAAUGUUUGCUGUUCCUGACCUGCUGAACGUGGCUAUUUCUGAUGAGUAUGAUUAAAGCUGCAGUUGGCAAGUCUGACAGAUUGAGGGGACCUAGCCAAAAUUUUGAAUGUUCUCAUAUCCCUCCCCCCACUACCACCGAGCACCCUCUCAUCGAAUUUGUGCUCGUCAGUGCACACUCUCAUACAGCUCUGUUCUGAUCGGAUCAGAAUAACCGGGAGCUAUGGAUUUUUGCAAAACAAAUGACAGGCUAGGUGGAGGUAGAAGUGUGUUUUUUUUUUUUCAAAACUGGCUGAUUUAUGUUGUUCUGUUGGAGCAUAGUGUCGGUUUUAGUGAAUAUGAUCAAAAAAAUCUUGCCAACUGCAGCUUUAACCUUUCUAAUCCACUAUGUUAAAUGUACAAAUGGGCUAGUG